CAUCAGAUGGAAGAAAUAAUAGCAUGGGAUGCAGAAGAAGCAGAGGAGAAAAAUAAGGGGUCACCCAACUCAUUCUUCCAAAAUUAAAAAGUUUGACAUUGAUGUACUUGCCCGAAUUGAAGAGCAUCUGUAGCAGGAGGGCAGUUCAUCUUUAUUUGGUGGCGCUGAUUUUCUUUAAUCGAUGAAGAAGAUGAAGAAGAAAUCACCUAUUGUCACUCUGAAACAGUUCAUCUUCACCAUGGCUCCUCUAAUCGAUGUGGAAAAGGAAGCUGAGAUAUCCGCCUCUAUCUCUUCAUGGGCAUCAAGGAAUUUGGAUACUUCUCAAAAGAGGGGCUCCGCAAUUCUCAAUUUGUAGUGAGUUGUGUGUUGUAUCAUUUUCUGUAAUUGUUUAGCACCCCUGAUGUAGCUGUAUUAAAACUGGACAUGGCUGAUGCAGGAGCUCUUGGAUAAGGUGCAGUUUACUGUCUAAAGGUUACAACCUAGGAUGAAGGAUGCCUUUAUAGAACUGAUUAAAGGUUUGCUACUGGUACCUGCUGCCGAUCUAGUUCCUUCUUGUUUUGAGAGAGAUUGCCAACAUUGUCAAAGAAGGAGGUGACGUUAGGCCCUUUUAACUCUUAACUCACUAUCAGGUUUGUAAUUGCUUACUUUCUUUGUGCUUUUUCUUUUCAGAUGACUAAUGUUUACCUUUUCCUUUCCCCUUUCUUAUUCCUGUGGUUGAUUGCAUUCCUGGUAGCCUUAUACAUAUCUGCUACCAUAUAUAGAAGUCUCCAAUUUAGUAGGUUUUUAUUAUUCAUCUUCAAAAUGAAGGCACCAUCAAUUUCUGUUUUUUCCUAAGUCCUGACUUAAUUUAAUUUCUUUUUACCAAGAAGGAUGCCAUUUCAAAAGCUUUGUCAACAAAGGUUGUAUUUUUGCUGCAUAGACCUCCUGGACCAGGGAAAAGUGCAGCUGUAGUGGAAAUUAUUAUUUUACAAGAAGACAAGCAUGGCUUAAAGAUUCUUGCUUGUGCUUCUUCUGAUACUGCCCUUUUUUUUUUUUUUGGUAUGAAUUAAUGUGCAAGAAGAUAUACCUGCAACUAACCUUAGUGCUAACCUAUUAAAGGGAGAAUUUUUUGUAAUUAAUUGUGCUUUAUAUUAUUUAUAAAGGGUCUCAUAGUUCUGGUUCGGAGACAACCUGAAUGCUAAAGGAAAAUGUUCUUUGAGCAUAUAAGAACCACCAAAAAUUGAACUAUAUAUUAUCUGGUUCUGUUCGAGCUAAUAGAUUUCAGCAGUUUUCUUUUUUUCAAAACUUUGUGCUAUAUGGUGUUUGUUUGGUUGAGUUUCACUAGUAAGUUCAUUUUUCUGAGUCCAUAAAGGCCGGAAUGAGUUUUCAUCAAGUACUGGCCUGGGUAGUGCCAUAGCUAAUAGGAAUUAAAACCAUGUGGCUCAAUCCAUCUUUUGCUGGAAUGUGAAAUUUGUUUACUUAUCUUUCAACUACAGAAGAACUCUUCAGCAUUUUGACUAUGGAUGACUUUGAUUUUCUAUCCUUUCUUGUGGAACUGUAGAUAUUCAGAUAAAUGUUUGGUUUCCUCUUGUACAUAAGGGUACAUUAUAGUUAUUAUUAUUUUUAAAAUUUUUUUAUCAUUAGAGUGCAGGAGGUGAGGUUGGAGUAUCCUGCACGUUUCCUAUCCUUAAGUUUUGGUCAGUGCAUUUGAUGCAUAGGUAAACUGUAUCAUUUGGAAAGAAGAAAAUUUGAACAAUAGGUUUUUUAUCUUAAUGAUAGUCUUCAGGCACAGUUGUUCAUCCCCAUAAUGUGCUUCAUUUUGUUAUUAAAUUUGGCCUUCUUAAAGGUCUCUCAUAGUCCCAUACAACAUGGUAACAUCUUGGUCUUGGUCCAUUUAUUUCCAGCAGCAAACUGUUCUGUCUAGAAUUCCAUUUUUUUGGGUAAAGCACCACAUUUAAAUUCAUUCUGGGCAUCUUGAAGAAGCUUUCAAGUCAUUAAAUCACCACUUUUUAACUUCCAUCUGCAGUAUCACCAAUACAGAAAUCCUUGGAAGUUGAACCCUCUUCUGGACUUAAUUCGCUUUUUCAGCACUGGAACUGCAAAUCAUAUAACCUCAUUUUCUAUAUGUAUCAUGGAAGGAAAGAAGGAUGAGAAGAUAGCACACUGAAUGAAGGCGAAGCAGAGAUUGCUAUUUCACAUGCAAAGAGACUUGCUCACUCAUGGCGUAGUCCAUGCUUCCAAUAUUGGAAUUAUUACCCAUAUGUUAUGCAGGUUCUAUUACUAAAGAUGUUUAGAAGCAAUGAGGACAGGCUAAAGGAUAUAUCAAACUGUGAAUGUAGCUUCUUCUUGGUCCCCAACGCGGCUUCAUACAACUAAAUGCAAGACGGAUGCUUCUUAUUGUUCUAGAAGUGGCAGAUUGGUCAACCAGUGGUUAUCAGGGAUGCUGGAGGACAGGUUAUUGAUUGGCAAAGCCAUUCAACAACGUACCUCAUCUACCCUAGCAGAAGAGGCAUUAGCUCUGCGUCUUGCAGUGGGAAGGGUAAUGGCAAAUGCUUUUUCAAGAGUCAUUUUUGAAGCAGGAAAAGUUGGCUUGAAUGGUUUGAAUGGUUU